CUCCAACGGCGUCCUCAAGCGCCACCACCACCACCGCCUGGCCAGCCAGCCCCUGCCCGUCACGUACAAGGAGUGCUUGAAAAACCAUGCAGCCAGCUUGGGAGGCCACGCCCUCGACGGUUGUGGCGAGUUCAUGGCCUCUCCCACCGCCAGCCUCGCCGACCCCAGCUCCAUCAAAUGUGCCGCAUGCGGCUGCCACCGCAAUUUCCACCGCCGUGAGCCCGAAGAGCCUAUGUCCACGACUCACGUCAUCGAGUUCCAGUCCCACCAUCGGCACCAUCCCCCGCCGCCCCCGCCCUUUCAGGUUUCCAAUCGCAGCCCCAAUUCGGCGUCGCCGCCUCCGAUCUCCUCUUCUUACUACCCGUCCGCGCCUCAUAUGCUUCUGGCUCUCUCUGCGGCCGGGAUACAAGCGCCGCCGGAGAGCGCGGCCGCUCCCGCUAACGCUCUGGCAACGCCGAGCCCGAAUGCGAGGAAGCGGUUCAGGACCAAGUUCACCCAGGAUCAGAAGGAAAAGAUGUACCAUUUCGCGGAGAAGUUGGGGUGGAAGAUGCAGAAGAGGGACGAAGAAUUGGUUCAAGAGUUCUGCAAUGAGGUUGGGGUGGACAUGUGGGUGUUGAAGGUUUGGAUGCACAACAACAAGAACACUUUCGGCAGGAGAGAUUCUGCUAAUCAUGACGGUAGGAACGCUCUAGAGCAAGACCCUCGUGCCCUCACCACUGAAAUCCACGCCAACAACGACAACGGCAGCGCGCAGGAUGCGAGUCAUCACCUCUACACCAACGAUAAUAGUGGGGCAAACCUUGGUACUAAUGGGUCCUCUUCGUCCUCUUGAAUCUUUGGUGAAGGAUGAAAGAAUCGACGAACGGGAAGAGAAAAAAUAAUAUCUUAGUAAGACCGUUGUCGGUUGAUUAGUCUUUUCUUUUCUUUCACUUUUAAUUUAGUUUUAUCAAUGAGAUGAUCAUGAUCAACUUCUUCAGGAUAUUUAACAUGGCAGAGAUUGAUAUCCAGAGGGAAUUUUAAUUAUUUACUGGGUUCACCUUUUCUUGUUUCUUAUCAAUGGUAAAUUCAGUUGUAGUUUUAUGAGUCA